AACGACGUAGAGCCUUUUUUACCAAUCUUCCGUGAACGAAUUUUGAAAAUUCUGCUGAAACACGGAACCCAAUGAGGCUUUCUGCCCCUCCCUGCCACACUUCUGUUUCCUGAUUUGUCCGUGGUUUUCACUCGGCAUAACCUAACCUAUAUUCGGUCCACACUAGUACUGCUAGUAGUGGGUACUGGUUUCGUGUGAUCUUUUAUAAUCUUGAAUGAUAGUGAAAAAUGAACGGAAUAACAAGAACACUGGGGUUUGUGAAAUCCUCGUUGAGAGCUAGCUCCAGAACAAUUCACGGAAAUGCAGAGUUGAUAGAAAAUUGUAACGCUGUGAAAAACCGGAAUCCAAGAAACCUAGAACUACUUCGAAUUGCUCGGAAACCCAGUGGUUAUCACUUGGAUAGGCAAGUUCGAGAAUACUGGCACACGUUAAAGAUCACCAAAGCACCACGUCACGUAGCAGCUGAAAUUCAUCAUUUUGAAAAUGGACCAGUUAUCACAGUUUCAACCAAAGAUUGGGCAAUCAAAAAGCAGCUUUACAGGUUAUCAGAUACUACAGCCUAUAUAAACCUAGGAAGAGUGCUGGCGCAGCGAUGUUUGGAAUCCGGUAUAUCUAUGGUUAGUUGUCAUAUAGAAGUUACUAAGGGCGGAAAAAUGGAGGCCUUUAUUAAAGAAUUAGAGAAUGGGGGAAUUGAAUUGAAAGAACCAACUAGAUACAAGAAACCUAAUCCUUGGGACCAACAUAGACCUGAAAAGCCUUGGGAUCCUACCAUUGAAUAGUUCACAUUGUGAGUUGAGAAAAAUACUAAAAUUUAGUUCUUAUUGAGUAUAAGUUAGGUCAUUAAUGUUCAACGCUUUAUCAAAAUAUUUAUGAGUUGAAAAUAAAAGUGAUGGAUACAAAUA